UUAGAGCGAGAGAGAUAUAUACCUCUGAGAAGUGAGAAACAUAUACACGUGAAAGUUUCAAGACGAAGAAGUUCGGUGAUUGAUUUUCAGAGAAAUUUUCCAGGAGUGUGAAGUUGUCGAAGUUAAGAGUGAAUCACUGAGGAAUAAGGAAAUCCUGUCAAACAAUAUUUCAGGCUGAGAUGAGUAAGCCAGGAAGUUCCUCUGAAAAUAAGCAUCAAAACGAAGUCAAGGUAAUUAUUGAUUUCAAAGACAAUGUUGAGCGUCCAGAUCAUUGUUGUAUUUAUAAGGUUCCUAAGAAACUUAGGAACAUAAAUAAUGAUGCUUACAGUCCUCACAUUGUGUCGAUCGGUCCUUAUCACCAUGACCAAGAAAAAUGGGAUGACGUGCAAAGCAAAAAAGAAUGGAAACGGGUUGACAUGCAAAGCAAAAAAGAAUGGAAAUGGGAUGACAUGCAAAACCUAAAGAAGAGUUAUCAGAAAGAGAUUUUUGAGAAUAUCACAAAGAAAGAGAAACUCAACGACUUCGUCAAAAAAGAGGAACAACAUAUCCGCGCUUGUUAUGAAGAUAAAUUUGAGGGGAGUUUCGAUUUCAAAGAGAUGAUUCUGGAUGAUGCUGUCUUCAUCAUUGAACUUUUCUUGAGGAAUUACCAUGAUGAUAGACGAGAUUUUUUGGUAAGUAAACCGUGGCUAACGAAUGCUAUAAAACUGGACUUGCAAUUACUUGAAAAUCAGCUUCCAUACUUUGUCCUGGAGGAGUUAUACAUGUUAGCCUAUGGCUAUGGCUGCUCCACUAGACCUUCCUUCCUUACUCUUUCUUGCGAGUUUUUCGGUUAUAAGGAGCUAGAUAGAGAAGCGAAGAAAAUUAAGCAUUUUGUCGACUUGAGAAGACACACUAUGUUGGUCGGAGUCGAAAUCGAUCCUAAUAUACAAAUGUCUCUAGGCGGAAAAAUUGAAGAUUUACCAAGUGCAGUGAAGCUGAAUGAGUCAGGGGUGAAGUUUUGGGUCGAAAACAAAGAUUCACUGAAGCCAGGUGAGUCGAGGAGGAAGUGUAAGCAAGACAAAGAAAACGAAAACGAAAAAGGUUUGCUUAACAUAAAAUUUGAAAAGAGAGCAAGAAAAGAUUCAUAUAUUUGGUGGCUUAGAGGAAGGGUGCUAAAGAUUCCACACCUUAAGAUUGAAGAUGGUACGGAAUGUUUGUUUCGAAACUUGAUGGCCUUGGAGCAGUGCCAUUAUCCAUUUGAAACUCGUAUUUGCAACUAUAUUGAUCUAAUGGAUGCUCUGAUCAACACGAGAAAAGAUGUGGAUUUGCUUGUUGACAAGAAAAUCAUCUCCAAUUGUGUGGGCGACCAUGAUUCAAUUAAAGAGAUGUUUAACAGACUUUGCCUCGAGAUUACGCCAAGUACUUCUUGUUACCAACGCACUUGCGGCGAGCUGAAAAAGCACCACGAGAUAUGGUGGAAUCGCACCAAGGCAACGUUGAUAAGUGUGUAUUUUGAAAAUCUUUGGAGAGGCACUGGAACUGUUGCUGCAGCCGUACUCUUACUGCUCACUCUGUUACAAACAAUCAAACGAUUCUAUCCGGCCCUGUUUACGGAUCCACAAUAAUUUAAGUUUGUGUGCUUUUAGACUUUUAGUACUCGUAUAAUUAGAAUGUCUACUUCCUACUACUAAGCUUGUAAUAACUUCGGAUCUGUAGCUUUCAUUUAUUAUAAUGU